AUGGCCCGUUGUCCGUCUCGGAAACCGGUCAUCGCCGUCAUCGGCGCCACAGGCACGGGCAAAUCUCAGCUUGCUGUUGAGCUGGCCCGCCGCUUCAACGGCGAGAUAGUCAACAGCGAUGCCAUGCAGCUGUACGAAGGACUGCCCGUCAUCACCAACAAAAUCACCCAGGAAGAAAUGCAAAGCGUGCCUCACCAUUUGCUUGGCACCAUCACCCUUUCCGAGGACACCUGGACCGUCACCGAAUUUGUCAAAAGAGCUUUGCGUGUCGUCGACGACAUCCAUUCCCGGGGGAAGCUGCCAAUCAUCGUCGGUGGCACCCACUACUACAUCCAGUCCCUGCUGUUCAAGGAUAGUCUCGCAGAUCAGCAAACAGAAGAGGAGCCCAAACCGGAAGACGCAGACAACGACAGUGAAAACUAUCCCAUCCUGGACGAGCCCACCGAAGUCAUCCUGGCCAAGCUCCAAGAAGUCGACCCGGUCAUGGCAGACCGCUGGCACCCAAACGACCGGCGCAAGAUCCAGCGCUCCCUGCAGAUCUGGCUGAAGACCGGCAAGCCCGCCUCGCAGAUGUACGAGGAGCAGAGUGUGCGGAAGCGGGAACAGCAGCAGCAACAGCAGCCCGUAACCGCCGUUGAUGACAUGGAAGAGACGGGAGAGGGAAAGGACCAGGACCCAACGUCCCCCACGCAGCAGCAGCAGCAGCAGCAACGCUUCCCCGCCCUCCUCUUCUGGGUCCACGCCGACCCCUCGACCCUCCGCGCCCGGCUGGACGCCCGCGUAGAGAAGAUGCUCGCAAACGGCCUCCUCGCCGAAGUCGCCUCGCUCGACGCUUUCCUCCAACAACGCGAAGCCGAGGGCCACCCCGUCGACCGGACCCGCGGCAUAUGGGUCUCCAUCGGCUUCAAGGAAUUCGAGGCCUACCAACGCGCCCUCACCGCCUCGUCCUCCUCCUCGACCACCUCCAACAGCAAAGAGCUCGCCCUCCUCCGCGCCCGCGCCAUCGAACACGUCCAAGCCGCCACCCGGCAAUACGCCAAGCGGCAGCUGCGCUGGAUCCGAAUCAAGCUGCUCAACGCGCUCGCCAACUCCGACGCUCCUCCCCCUCCUCCUUCUUCUCCUCCCCCUCCAGACAACAACAACACCACCACCCCCCUCUACCUCCUCGACGCCACCCACCUCCCCUUCUGGACCUCCUCCGUUUCGACCCCAGCCCUCGACCUAACCGCGCAGUUCCUCCUCCUCCAGGACCAGGACCAGGACCAGGAUGGCGAGCAGCAGCAACAGCAACGACCCUCGAUGCCCCCGCCGACGACGCUGUCCCCCGCGGCGGCCGAGAUGCUGACGCCGCGGCGCGGCUACGACCUCAGCGCGCGGCCGGACCUGUGGCGGCGGCGGGCGUGCGAGACGUGCGGGACGGUGGCGGUGACGGAGGCGGACUGGGAGAGGCAUGUGAGGAGUCGGGGGCACAGGGUGAGGGAGAAGAAGAGGAGGGAGAGGGAGAGGGAGACGGAGAAGAUGAGGAUGGGGCUGGAGGGGAGUAAGGAGGGGGAGGGUGAGGAGGGGGAGGGGCAACGAGGGGCGGCUGGGGUGGAGGGACAGGCGGAACGGCGGAAGGGGGGUGGAGAUGGUGGAGGCAGGCAGGAGGCGGAGGAGCGGGAGGAGGGGGCUGAGGGGGAGGAUGUCGAAGCGGCGAUGGCGGCGUUUGAUGGUUUGGUGGGUGGGGAGCGGGAGUAG